AAAACCCGGCUCCAGAUCUCUCGAGAGGUCCAUGUAGCUCGCGCCCCUCCUCACCUCGCGGAGGGAGAGCAGCCGGCUUGUCGGAAAGAAACCGCGACGCGACGCGACGACGACGACGAGGAGAGAUGGGGGCCGACACCGGCGAGCCCAGCUCCUUCCUCAGCUUAUCUGCCGCCUUUUCCUAUGGAAUCGCAUCUAUGGCAAUGGUUUUCGUGAACAAAGCAAUUCUUAUGCAGUAUGCUCACUCAAUGACUCUUCUCACCUUGCAGCAAAUAGCUACAGCAAUUUUCAUACAUUUUGGUCAAAUUCUAGGAAUGUCUAAAAGAAAAGAUUUCAGUAUAGCAACAGGAAGGAAACUUCUUCCAGUGUCGAUUUUCUACAAUGCAAAUGUUGCAUUUGCUCUAGCAAGCCUAAAGGGUGUUAAUAUUCCUAUGUAUAUUGCAAUUAAGAGGCUCACUCCCCUUGCUGUACUGGUGGCUGGGUGUUUACGGGGAAAGGGGAAACCACCAACACAGGUGUCCCUUUCAGUUAUCUGCACGGCUGCUGGAGUACUUAUUGCAGCUCUUGGAGAUUUUUCCUUUGACUUGUAUGGAUACUCCAUGGCUCUGACGUCUGUCUUCUUCCAGACAAUGUAUUUGAUUCUAGUGGAGAAAUCAGGUGCAGAGGAUGGUCUUUCCUCUGUGGAAUUGAUGUUCUAUAACAGCGUUCUAUCACUUCCCUUUCUGUUUUUCAUCAUUAUAGCAACAGGAGAAUUCCCCUAUUCUCUUUCAGUACUCUCUGAAAAGACAGCCUCUCUAUCAUUCAGUGUUAUUCUUUUUGUUUCACUGGUGAUGGGCAUCGUCCUAAACUUCACAAUGUUUUGGUGCACGAUCGUGAACUCUGCCCUGACGACAACGAUAGUAGGAGUUCUCAAGGGUGUUGGAUCUACUACCCUGGGUUUCGUUCUGCUGGGAGGUGUGGAAGUACAUACGCUCAACGUUACUGGAUUGGUGAUCAACACAUUUGGAGGUGUCUGGUAUUCGUAUGCGAAGUAUAUGCAGAAGAGGAAGAUGCCACGAAGGACUGCACCAGAUGUAGAGGCACAUCCUCACAAGUAGUAACACUAGAUUCAGUAGCCCUUAAGCAUUCUUUAAGCAGACAAAUUACUGAAUACCACUUCCAAUCCAUUUUUUUUUUUACCUGGUCUCCAGUUCUAGCACCGGCAAAAUAGCUGGUGUAGCUAAGGUAGCUAAAUUAACUGUUUGUUCUGUAAAAGACCAGUAUUUUACCUGGCUAUAAUGUUAUCCACUAUCAGUAUCAGUAAUUCAGUUUGCCCUUCAGAUUGGCAUAUGAAACACAAAUGACUGAUCCCAUUUUUUCGCUUAUGCU